AUGUCUGAUCCAAAGACCUUUCUCACGCCCGACGACGAUCAUGGACCCCGCUUGCCAACGGAAAUCCUCGAGAUGGUAUUUGAGUACCUGAACGUUCGCGAUCUUGGGAAUUGUGUGCAGGCGAACCCUGCAUGGAAUACAGUAGCCUCAAGGAAGAUGUAUAGAGGCUCUCUUCAACACCAAGAGCUGCGGACACCCGACAUCAGCUCGCUGAAUGCCAUGUCCGAGGCUUUUCCGGCUCGUUUUACCCAAAACAUGAGCUUGGUAGAGCAUCUCCUCGUAUCUCCAAAGGAGAAGUACCUUAGGGAAGAGGAUCGAAAAUGGAUAGCUAGAGAAAGCUUCCACGUCUUACGCGAACUGCGAUUGGCGCAGAGCGUCUCCCGUGUUCGAAGCCUCUCGAUGCCGUACGAGCCCGCUUCGCCUGCUGACAGUCAGUUGUAUACCAGCGUCUUGGUGACCCCCAAAAUCGAGUUCUUGGCCAUUGAUGACUCCUUCUGUUCAUAUCUGGAUCCCAGGAGAGGCUUUGACAGCAGCCGCCUUAAAGGUACCAGGGCACUCACUAUCUACAGUUCAGGUCCUGAAAUAGACGUUGAUAGUAUUUGCUCAAUGAUUGAUCAGUGCGACCUGCGCUUCUUUCUCUACGAAGAUGCACGAAACCGUCGGCCUUGGGCCACCGAGAGGACUGACCAGCUCCUUACUUGUCUCGCACGACAAAAGGACCUCGAAGUUCUCGUGUUGUUGACCCGCGGGGUGUCUCACCGACUGAUACCUUUGAUGCGAGAAGGAAAACCAUGGCCAGAGCUGAAGGUAUUGCGCAUACCCUCUUGGAUAACCGAAGACUCAGACUGGAUGUCCGCCAGCCCACUGGAUGCAUAUAGCCAACUUGAAAUGGUCGACCUGCCAAUGUACACUCAUUUGAACGCCGCCUGCAGAGACCGAUUAAAAAUGCUACGCUUCGAAAAGAUUGAUCAUUGUGACGUACGCGAUCUACUUCAUGUUUUAUCAGGUUGCCACCGGUUGCGGUGGCUCAGCUUUGGGACUCAGUUCCCACUGGAAAGUACAUCCUUUGCAUCCCUCCCGCUUCUGGACUCACUGGAAUACCUCGUCUUUGCGCCGGAAGAUGAUUACAUGCACAUUGGGCGGCCCCGGCGCGUAGCCACCAUGCAUGACACUAUACUGGUGAAAUGCCCACGACUAACCGUUCUUGAGAUGCCGACAACUCACCUGACUGUCUCACUUAACUCGCUGGAACAAAUGCCCUCCUUCCCCAAUAUCAAGAGGAUAACACUCCUCAAAGUCUCCUUGGGGGAUUAUGACCUGCUUAAGCAGACUUACCAAAUGACGGAAAGCAGCAUGAUGGAAGACCUCGUCGCCGAGUGGCGCCGGAUCUUCCCUAAUCUGCAACGAUUCCCAGGCGAACCGUAUCCCCGCAAAAUAUCAAAGCAGACUCGAUCUCCCUUGUUCAAUUGGACCAGGCAGUUUGUCACGUUAUCGAGGUAUCCGUGGAAGUCGCCCAAUGAUAAAGCCGUGGAACUCAAGAAGUUGCAGGAUGAUCUGGAGACGGAGAUCAUGGGUUGGCCAAUCGUGCCUUUGUCCUCGUAUCAUCCUAAUGCUCGUCAAUGA